AUCAAUGAAUAACAAAAUUUUCUACGAUUUUACGACCACGGAAGUUUUGACACAACCUGCAAGAUGGGUUCAUCCAGGGAGAGCACAUCUGAGCAUUUUCAAAAUCUUGGGAGCAAGCCAUGCAUGAAAGUUUGGAGGAUCGAGAAGAAACAGAUCGUACUACAGAAAAAAGGAAAUUUGGGAACGUUUUAUGCAGGAGAUUGUUACAUCGUAUUAAACGUACGAAAAAUCAAAGAUAAUAUAACCACUGAUCUUCAUUUGUGGAUUGGAACCGAAGUUGACAAGAAGGAUGAGACAAACGCUAUUGAACAAACAUGCGAAGCCGACCGCGUUAUGGAUGGUGUUACAUUAUACAGACAGGUUCAAAACCACGAAACAAGAGAAUUUCUGGAUUUAUUUCCCAGAGGAGUAAAGUAUUUGCAAGGUGCAGCCACAAAGUACGUCCAUUUUCAACAAGGACAAUAUGUAAAAAGAUUGUUUCAAGUUAAAGGGAAAAGAAAUGUUCGAGUUUCUCAGGUUCCUUUAGAAGCUGCUUCACUUAACGAAGGAGAUUCAUUCCUUCUGGAUGACGAGUGGACGAUAUUCUGCUGGAAUGGAAGAGAUAGCAGUAAAAUCGAAAGAGCAAAGGCUAUCGAAGUGGCAAGAAUGAUACGAGAUGAUUUUUGUUUCGGCAGAGCUGACAUUAUUAUAGCAGAUCAAGGUGUUGAUAAAAAGGAAGAGCGCAUGUUUUUUCAAGCACUUGGAGGACGAGGUGAUAUUCAACCUAAAAUAGAAGACGAUGAUGAAGAUGAAACAGCCAUGUCUCCUACACAAGUCAAAGUAUUCAGAGUAACAGAUGAAAGCGGAGAAAUGGAGUUCAUUCAACUCGAUUCCAACAAUUUGCAAAAAGACAUUCUAAAUACUAAGGACUGUUUCAUUCUUGAUGGUGGAAAAUGUGGUCUCUAUGUGUGGACUGGUGCCCAAUGUACAAAAGAAGAGAAAAAAGAAGCUUUUAAACAUGCGCUGAGUUUUGGUGACGCGCAUGGUUACUCUGGGUUCACUCCUCUUACUCGAAUAAUGGAAGGAAACGAGACGAAACACUUUAAAUCGUUCUUCAAGAAAUGGCCGGAAAAAAGAUUCGUCACUGAGAACGGCCAUGUUAGAAUGAUAGAAAAAGACCAUUCGAACUUGUUUGAACAAAGUAAUGCAUCUAUAUUGCAAGAUAUGUUUGAUGAGGGAUUGGGUCAAAUUAAGAUAUGGCGCGUGGAAGGUUUUUACAAAGUGUCGUGGCCUCACGAGCUAUACGGUGUUUUCUAUCAAACAGAUACAUAUCUCAUACGAUACGAAAGUCCAACUAUUUACAAUCAUUACAUCAUUUACAUAUGGGAGGGAAGUUGCAGUUCAGAAGAACACAGAACAAACGCCCGUCAUUUAGCACAGAAGUUAGAUGUGUCUUUAAGAGCUAACACGACACAAAUUCAAGUUCCUUAUGGCAAAGAACCAGACCAUUUCCUUUGUCUGUUCAAAGGAAAAUUGCAGAUAUUAACGGAAGAAUCGAAAAACGAAUAUAUAAACAAGAUAUCAGAAGAGGGAAAUGAUGAGGAAGACGAAAAGGAAAACAAAUUUUUUAAGAUCAGUGGAAAAUCAGUUCUUACAACUAAAGCCAUCCAGUUACCACUUCAAGCAUCUCUACUGGAACCAGAACACAUCUUUUUGUUACAAACUGAGGGGAAAAGUUUCGUAUGGAAAGGCAGUCUGACAACUGAAGAGGAGGAAGAGAGUGCACUUGUCGCAGCGGAUAGAAUAUCUCCUGAUGGUGACUUGAUAUUGUUUAAAGAAGGAUAUGAAACGCAUGAGUUUUGGACACUGUUAAAUGGGCGAGCAAAUUAUAACAAAACAAAGACACAGGUAGCAAACACAACAACUCCCCGAAUGUUUCUCUGUUCCAAUUCAUCUGGAAGUUUCAAAGUAAACGAAGUCCUACCCUAUGAUCAAAUGGAUUUGAAUGGCGAUGACGUCAUACUGAUGGAUGCUGGCGAUGAGAUCUAUUUGUGGAUAGGAAGUGGAGCAAACUCAACAGAAAAGAAAAACGCAUGGGAUACUGCAAUGGAGUUUGUGGAGCGCUCAGGAAGAAAGGCGGAAGAUGUAUGUAUUGUUCAUAUCAAACAGGGACUUGAAACGAAUGCAUUUGCAAGUCUGUUUUCAAGCUGGGAUGAACAAAAGACUGCGGAAUAUAUUAACUAUGCUGCAUUAAAAAGAGAGGUGAACGAUGAGAAUCAAAACAAAAGUAAAGAAAAAUCGAUUAAAAAACGCUCCUCCACAUGGGGAGAACAACGUGUGUUAAAACGAGCAACUACAACACCAAGAUAAUGUCAACAAAUAACUACUUAGUAACAGCGUUCGAGAGCAGAACUUUUCACUUAAGUAAACCUUUUUAGGACUAUAACUGAAGUGACAUUUAUUCAACAACAUAAAUUCUAAAAAGGCUUUUCUCAUUAAAUUUGUUUUACAAUUUUAUUCCUAAUGAAAAACAGCUUAGUUUUAAAAACAGCUUUGUAAUUCCAUUACCUCUUCCCAUUCUUCACAAAAAAUUUUAGACUUUUAUUGUUAUCUAGGUUAAAAACUCUGCGUGGCAAGCACAGAGUUUAAAACACUUUUGUUGUCACCAUGUAAUACGUUUUACAAUUCACUCUCAAUCUUUUUAAUAGUUACUGUAUCUUGAAUAAAAGUUAGUAUAGAA